UAAAUUAAACCCUAUAAUCUAAUCAAUUCAAUUAGUUUCUGAUUCUAUUCGUUUCCCACAUUCAUCACUCUGUACACUGAUUUUCCUUUUCCAUGGCUUCUUCAAUUCGUCCCUCGCUUUCUUCAUUCAACAAGUUACCUUCUUUCUCUUCACGCAACCUUUCUCAGAGACUCUCUCUUUUUCAUCUUCGCAAUGGUGUUAGACAACUGCCUCAUAACUUUGGUCUUAAAGCAUCUAGGUUGUUGAGACAUGAGAGUAGAUGUAUGAGAUUGAUGUCAUCCGGGAGUAUGUUUCCAUCAGCUACGCAGGAAAAUGCAUUAGAUUGGGUGAAGCAGGACAAGAGAAGAAUGCUUCAUGUCGUAUAUCGUGUUGGGGACUUGGACAAGAGCAUAAAAUUUUAUACAGAGUGUCUAGGAAUGAAGGUGCUCAGAAAACGUGACAUGACGGAGGAGAGAUAUACUAAUGCCUUUCUUGGAUAUGGGCCUGAGGAUGCACACUUUGCUAUUGAACUAUCAUACAAUUAUGGGAUUGAAACGUAUGACAUUGGAACUGGAUUUGGCCAUUUUGGCGUUGCUUUGGAUGAUAUUCCAAGAGUUGUGGACAUUGUCAGAGCUAAGGGUGGCAUAAUAACUAGAGAGCCAGGUCCUAUCAAGGGAGGCAACUCAACUGUUGCAGUGAUUGAAGACCCUGAUGGGUAUAAACUUGAACUAUUGGAAAGGGCUCCCUCUCCCGAACCCUUGUGCAAAGUAAUGCUUCGGGUGGGUGAUCUUGAUCGAUCCAUAAAAUUUUAUGAGAAGGCUGUUGGUAUGGAGCUGCUUCGAACACAAGAUGAUCCGGAAUCCAGGCGUACCGUUGCAAUAAUGGGUUAUGGUCCAGAAGAAAAAAACACUGUUCUGGAAUUGACUUACAAUUAUGGUAUCACAAAAUAUGAUAAAGGGGAUGCAUAUGCUCAGAUUGCAAUAGGCACAGAUGAUGUGUACAAAACUGCAGAAGCGAUUAAACUCGCUGGAGGAAAGAUAACCCGUGAAGCUGGACCGGUACCUGGUUACAGUACAAAAAUUACAUCAUGUGUGGAUCCCGAUGGUUGGAAAACGGUUUUUGUAGAUAAUCAAGAUUUUCAUAAGGAGGUCGAGUAGUUAAAUUCGGUUCUUCGCGACAACUUGGUGAAGAAAUAGUGUUUCUUUGUAGAAGCUGUUUGAAGCAGGGGGAAUGUUCAUACUCAAUCCAAUUUUUUGUAGGUGAUAGAAUAAUAAUGGCUGCACAAAUUGUGACCCUUGUAGCAAAUUUAUUGAACUUUAUACAAUUGCAUUAACACUAGUUUACCAUUGCA